GCUCCAAAAGUCAUCUUUGGGGACGAUUGGGGCCAUCCGCUUGACUUGUGGAGCGCCGGUUGUACAGAAAGCCCAGACCAAUAUGAAUUGCCAAAUAGACAACCCCCUUUCGAUACGAUAAUGCUCACGAAAGACAAACUGAUUGAGCAGAUGGUUGAA